ACACAUUGUCGACCCCACGAAACUUAGUUGUAUCGACCACAUUUCUUGAUUUUGAUUUCCAUAUUCUUAAUUCUUAUCUUCAAGCUCUCUUCCUCUUGGAUUCUCCGCCAAUCACCCUCCAGUCUGAUAUUCUCCCUUGUUAACAAACAGUGCUUCUCCUUUCUCUUAUAUUUUCCUGUACUUUGUCUUCUUUCUUUUCUUUUCCUUCCUUUUCUCCUCUCUCUCUGUGAUUUCUUAUAUCCUUUUCUUUAAUUUUCUUUCUAAGACUCAAGAUACAAAAGAUUUUUUUUUUUUUUUUUUUCGAUAAACUCUCCUGAAUGUGGGUGUCUCAUGGUUUCUUGAAAGAUUUUUCUACUAUUUCAUUUUUAUGGUCAUCUUUUGAGUCUUUCUACUGAAGGGGUGAAAAAAACUAAGUGGGUAGCGGCUUAAAGUAGCAAAAUUUGUAAAGUUAAAGAUCUGUGUUAAAGAAUAUGAAGAUUCAGUGUGACGUGUGUGAAAGAGCUCCAGCUACAGUGAUUUGUUGUGCAGAUGAGGCAGCUCUUUGUGCAAAAUGUGAUAUAGAAGUGCAUGCAGCCAACAAACUUGCAAGUAAGCACCAGAGGCUUCUUCUUCAAUGCCUCUCCAACAAGUUGCCUCCUUGUGACAUAUGCCAAGAAAAGGCAGCUUUUGUUUUCUGUGUUGAAGAUAGAGCUCUUUUAUGCCAGGAUUGUGAUGAAUCUAUCCAUCCAGCUGGUAGCCUCUCUGCAAAUCACCAGCGGUUCCUAGCUACUGGAAUCCGAGUUGCUUUAGGCUCUAGUUGCACCAAGGACACUAAGAAGAGUUGUUUAGAGCCACCCAAUCAGAGUGCACAACAAACUUCCAUGAAAUUGCCUGUUCAACAGCCAUCGAGUUGCAGCUCUCCGUGGGUUGUUGAUGACUUGAUUGGAUUCUCAGAUUUUGAAUCUUCCACUGAUAAGAAAGAGCAACUUGAAUUGGGAGAGUUCCAGUGGUUAGCUGAUAUGGGCAUUUUUGGUGAGCAACUUCCUCAAGAGGCAUUAGCAGCAGCUGAAGUCCCCCAACUAACAGUUUCACCAUCACUCAAUGUUAACUCAUACAGAACUACCAAGUCUCACAUGCCUAAUAAGAAGCCUAGAAUUGACAUUUCUGAUGAAGAUGAUGAGUUCUUCACUGUACCUGAUCUCGGGUGAAGCGGGUCAUAAACUCUAUGGCUGAAGUUUGGUUAGUGAAAUAUAUAUACUUCCUAUCAUAAAUACCUGUGAUGUAUGUAGAUACGUCUCUAUGUAUGUAUGCAUGUACGUAUGUACAUACAUAUGCUAUUCAAAGGCAUUUAGGAGAAGCAUAAAAGCUACUGCGGGGAUUAUACUGUUGUUACCUUAUCUUAUUAUGUUAUCCAUAGCAAUGGUUGUGAUACUAGAUCAGUGCUUUUUGGUUGUCGAAAGGUAUGUCUUGAACCGUAUCUUAGGGGGUUUUUACAUUCAACUAGUUUUGAUUGCGAUUCUUCUGGAUUGGCAUUUGCUCGAGUUUUUGGCUGCCAAAAACUAUCAUUAUGGCACUAAUACCAGAAUUUUGAUUCAGAUUUUAAGCCUUCAUUAGACCUGAUUUAAUAGAUGGAAAGGCAAUUUGACCUC